AUGGCCACCACCACCACCACCACCACCGUCGAUCCCGACCGCCCUCCUCCUCUCCGGCUUGACUCUAUCCCCACCGUCGACCUUCGUCUCCUCUCACAAUCAGAACUCUACUCCCUCUCCAAGUGCUCCAAUUCCUCAUUCGAUCUCAACCGCUGUGAUGACGUUGUAAUCCCCAAAAUCGACCGCUCCGUUUUCAAUGAAUCCGCCGGUAGCCGUAAACAAACUUACUCACGCCUUCGGCUUGCACCCGCCGAGUCCUCCACGUCCGCCAAAACCACCAUGCACCGCCGGACGUCUCACAUCCGUUCGCCACAUGCACCCACUUCCAACAAUAUUAAUGACCCCGAACAAGCCGAAAACACUCAGAUCGUUCGUAUGUUGAAAGAGCUCUUUAAUUCAGAUCCUAAUUUUGAGGAUUUAGUUCCUAUUGAGGUCCAAAACGAUACCAAUGUCGUAGUGCCUGAAUUGUUGAAACCUGAGAUGAAGCGAAAGCGAGGGAGACCACGAAAGCAUGAGAAUGCGGCUUUCAUCCAUCCCCCGGCUGCCAAGAGAAUGCGUGAUAUUAUGGUCAAGAAAGUAGUUGUCUUUGAUAAUGAUAGGGAUAGAGAAAUUGUGAAUAGUAGAGGCGUGAAAGUAAACAUAGCGAAUCUGGGCAGGUUGGAGGAUCCCUACGGACCUGAAAUUAGGAGGAGGACCGAGGGAAUGUUGACUGAAGGUGAGUUGUUAGGGUUUUUGGGAGGUCUGGAUGGCCAGUGGGGGACUAGUAGAAAGAAGAAGAGGAUUGUGGAUGCAAGUGAUUUUGGAGAUGCUUUACCUAAAGGCUGGAGGCUGAGCCUCUCUAUCAAGAAGAAAGCAGGUCGUGUUUGGUUAUUCUGUCGUCGUUACAUAAGCCCUAGUGGUCGGCAAUUUGAGUCUUGCAAGGAAGCAUCUAUGUACUUGCUCUCUAUUGUUGGAGAAGAAAAAUUGGAUAAACCAAAUCAAACUCACAGUAACAAUUGUGAUGACUUUGCCUUGAAAGGAGCUUCUGGGAAUGCUGCAGAUCUUUUUGUUCGAGAAGACUUAAAAAGAAUUAGCUCUGUUCAAAAUCCAUCAGCACUGCCGACUUCAUUACAUACAGACUCUGGGAAGCAAGUCAUGCCCGGCAAUUUGGAUCCUGUUGUUGAACAAGUUGAAGAGCUUUUCAAGUGCCUCAAGUGCUUCAUGAUAUUUGAAGGAAAGAUGGGUUUAUUGAACCACCAGGUGUUAUUUCACAAGUAUGAAAGAUCUGACAUUGGUUCAGCAGUUUCUGAUUGUACUGUAGUAAAAGGUGGAAUAUUUGAGUGCCAGCUCUGCCAUAAGACAUUUUUAGAAAGGAGCCAGUAUAAUGGACACAUUGGGAUGCAUGUGACAAAUGAGAGCAGGACUGCUGAAGCAUCAGAAGCUCCAACUGCAGAAAAGACUAAUGACCCUGUAUUGUAUCCUGGAGUUCCUGACAAGGAGUUGCCAGCUUCGGUUUCAGCAGAAGGCAAUGUUGUAAUAGAAACUCAUGAUGCACAUCAUGGUGAUAAAAUUAUAUCUGCAUCCCCUCAAAGUGAUCAUAAGUUAAGUUCUGGCACAGAACUUAAAACCAACGAGCAUUUUCGUGACCUUAACAUUCUGGCUCAUGGUAAUCAGGAAGGCCAUGUUAACAUGAAUGGAGUUGUUUUAGUUGAAAAAUCUGGUGAUGAGAUUGGAAAGAACUGUAAUGUAGAUGACAAUGAAGUUCCUGGAACAGACAAAGCUCCUGUUGUUUCUGUUUCUAAAUCUGAUCUUUGUUUUGAUUAUGAACCUUCCAUGUCUGCUUAUGAAAGCAGUAGGAAGUUUGAAAGUUCUGGUGGAAUAGUUGAUCGUGUUGAUGACAAAACAGAGUGUGAUCUUGAUCAAGGUACUAGUUCUGGAGGCUGUCUGCUUUCUCCAUUUUCCAGUAAACAGUUGGGCAGUGCCAGUGCUGUUGUUGAGAAAGAUGGAGUUUCUAAUGGUCAAGAUGCAGUUUCUGGAAAUGGGGUUACCCAUGUUGACAAACCGGAAUGCAUUCUUAAGCAGGGAAGAAGUUCAGGAAACAGUCCUCCAUAUAUAAAUGAACCGAUAGGCAGUUCUGGCGGUGUCGGGAAAAUUGUAAUCGGAGAGUAUGCUAGUGUUGAGGUGCUCAAUCAUGCCGUUUCUGAAACUGGGGUUCCGACUUCAAGCAUCGGUGGGAAAAAGGGCUUUAGAGCAAACAUAAAUGAUACAAAUAUCUGUAGUUCGCUUGACAAGUUGACGCCUGAAAAGGAGAAAGUUGUUAAUAGCGAGUCAUCAUCUGGGGUUUUCCAUGGUGUUGGGCUUAAUGAGGAUUGUGUGGUUGAAAUGGAGAAGCUUUCUGGUUCAGAAAGUCUUUCCCUUGUUUCACCAAGUAGUGCUGUCAAUAAUGCAAGUCUGAUAUCUUCCAAAAAACAAGAGUCUCCUCGAGAAGUAGGUUUUGCUGGCAGCAUAAUUGCUGCAUCUGUUGAUCAGGUUACUCAUGCUUCUGAUGAGAAUAGAUUUUCUUAUGGCAUUGCAAGUUCCAAACUUGAUGGACAAUAUGAAGUCAGGAGCAGUGCAUUUGCCAGCUAUAAUGUCUCAAGUAUGUAUGGCGGGACUUGUAUGGAGAAGGAGCGCAAUUUUAUAAGUCGUUCAUCUGUCUCAUCAUGGUGCAAAAAAGAAUGUAUGAAUGAAGAUGUUGGGAGCAAGGUUCUAGUUUCCACUAUGAAGGAACCUCAGACACAAAUGAGCAAGGAAAAUUUCCACAUGGAGAAUGAUGUAAACAAUGCUUCUUCAAACAAGUCAGGGGAAGCCAAUUUAGAUGACUUCCAAAUAUUUAGGAACGAUGAAUCAAAGGACAAUGAGGUUGCUUCUUUGGGCAGCAGCCAGAAUGGCUUAAAUGCGGGUGUUAUGGCUUUUAAUACGGGGAAAAACCUUGAAUUUUGUUCACUUGCUCCCCCUGAGAAUGAGCAAGCAUUUGGGUUCCAAGAUGAUGUAAGUGGCCUGUAUGACAAUGCUCAUGGGAGCUCUGAAAGGGGAUUGCUUGAUCAUUUUUGCGUUGCUGAAACUUCUGAUGAUAUUUUUGGAAAUAAGAUGUAUUCCACACCACUAGAUGGGCUUAAAUUUGGUGAAGAGAGAAAUAUUGGCAUCCAUGAGUUAAGUCUUGCUUUUGGGAAUCCUCAUGCGCUAUAUGCAGAUACAAUUAGUGUCGAGCAGAAAAAAGGUGUGAAUUGUUCAGUAGUUCCAUCUAAGAUUGAGGACGCUUUUGACGUCCAAACGAAUUUGAGUAUGGUUAACAAUAGUAUGGUUGAGGAUCUCAAAGGGGUAAGAGAGUCAGUGGGCGGAUCAUUUAGCUUAUCUUGUAACAAUGAGGCUAGGGCUUUUCAACAUAAUGGUAAUACAGUUUUCUCGGGCAGAACAUGGGAAGAUCUCGGAUCAGAUGAAUUUAGAAGUUCUGAACGCAAGAAGUUUAUGAUUGGCUCCAGUAGCAACCAACGCCAGCUUAAUGAGGUUGUGCCUAGUGGUAUGUGGAAAACCGACGAUAGAAAUCAACUACAAAGUGGUUCAGCAAAUCGUCAUACACAGAUCCAGUCACCGAGCGGUUUUCAUUCCUUUGACAUAAUGUCCGACAAGGCUGAAGAUGGACUCUUUAGACUUGAUGAAAGAUAUAAAGAUGGUUCAAGUGUCGGUGGACUCAGAUCUGGUAGAUCUGAACCUCUGGAAUUCAGAUUCCUAACAGGUCAAUCCGAACAUAAUCCACAUGCUCUUCAAGGGGAUUCCAGGGUCUUUCCGUAUAACACGGGAAUGGAGCAAGCUUUUGAUUCUCCUUUUUGGAUGGGAAAGAAUUCUAUGAUGCCGAAUAUGGCUAGAAAUCUGGUUACUGGUUUAUGUUCUUGGUGUAGAAAUGAAUUCCAUUUCCAUCCCCAAACACAAGCUGGAAUUGGUUCUCUAUGCCCGGCUUGCAGUGCAGGAAUUUCUGGGCAAGUCAACAUGUUGUAGCAUAGCCUGUCUUUGGAGAUUUCUGCUUUAGUAGGACAUGGAGGCAGAAGGCAAAGAAGAUGGGGACACAUGAUAUGUAAUUAAGACCACCUAUAGUAAUGGAUAUUGGUCACUUUUGGUAUGCUUUUUGAAAUAUCAUGAAUUAGUUAAACCUCAUAUUUCUAUAACCAUGUUUAUUGCUUUCUCUUGAUAAAUAUCGAGUGGUGAAAGCAACGCUUAUAAGUGAAUCUUAUUAUCGAUUUUUCCUCCUGGUGAAGAGGUAUGAUUCUUCUAACCCUAAUAGCAAAAACAUGAAUGUUGAUUAUGAAACUGAGAAGCCAAUUGUAUUUUGUAUAU